GGGGUGCUGUUUCCCCUCCAACAUGUUCUUUGUUUUUAUUUUUUUUCCAUCUCUCGCCUGCUGUCAGUGAGAGCGUCUAAAAAAACCGCUUGCUGGCAGUUUUUUAAGCGUCUUGAUGAUGGCGGAGGACAGUGAGUCCGCGGCCAGCCAGCAGAGCCUGGAGCUGGACGACCAGGAUACGUGCGGGAUAGACGGAGACAACGAGGAGGAGAACGAGCAUUUGCAGGGCAGUCCGGGAGGAGAGCUGGGCGCUAAGAGGAAGAAGAAGAAGCAGAAGAGGAAAAAAGAGAAGCCUAGCUCGGGCUCGGGAGCCAAAUCUGACUCUGCUUCCGACUCUCAGGAAAUCAAGAACCCUGGCUUGCCCAUCCAGAAGCUCCAGGACAUCCAAAGAGCCAUGGAGCUGCUGUCCUGCCAGGGUCCAGCGAAGAGCAUCGACGAGGCAACCAAGCACAAAUACCAGUUCUGGGACACCCAGCCUGUCCCCAAGUUAAAUGAAGUCGUGACAAGCCACGGUCCAAUUGAAGCUGACAAAGAAAACAUCAGACAGGAGCCAUACUCUUUACCUCAAGGCUUUAUGUGGGACACUUUGGAUCUCAGCAAUGCAGAUGUACUGAAAGAGCUGUACACGUUGUUAAAUGAGAACUACGUGGAGGACGACGACAACAUGUUCAGAUUUGAUUAUUCACCAAGCUUUCUCAAGUGGGCUCUCCGUCCACCUGGUUGGUUACCGCAGUGGCACUGUGGAGUGAGAGUCUCCUCGAAUAAGAAGCUCGUCGGAUUCAUCAGCGCCAUCCCCGCGGACAUACGCGUCUAUGACACGAUAAAGAAGAUGGUAGAAAUCAACUUCCUCUGUGUUCAUAAGAAGCUGCGUUCGAAGCGCGUCGCUCCGGUGCUGAUCCGAGAGAUAACACGGAGGGUGAACCUGGAGGGAAUAUUCCAGGCGGUAUACACAGCCGGGGUUGUGCUGCCUAAACCCGUGUCUACGUGCAGGUACUGGCAUCGUUCUUUGAACCCCAGGAAACUUGUGGAGGUGAAAUUCUCCCACCUUAGCAGAAACAUGACGCUGCAAAGAACCAUGAAGCUCUACAGGCUACCAGAUAGCACCAAGACCCGAGGCUUACGGCCGAUGGAGAGGCGUGACCUCCGCCAGGUCACUGAGCUGUUACAAAAAUACCUGAGGCGUUUCCAUCUCGCACCUUCAAUGGGAGAAGAAGAGGUCGCUCACUGGUUCCUACCACAGGACAACAUUAUCGACACAUAUGUUGUAGAGGUCUGUACAGGCGCGUCCUGUCCUCAAGCUAGCAGCUCUCUUUUUUUAAUGUGUUGUUCUUUUAAACCGACGCGCUCGUCUCUUUUUCAGGCUGCAGGUGGCGUGCUGACGGACUUUACUAGUUUCUACACUUUGCCCUCAACUGUGAUGCACCAUCCUCUACAUAGGACCCUGAAGGCAGCUUACUCAUUCUACAGUGUUCACACGCAAACCCCGCUACUGGACUUAGUGAAUGAUGCACUAAUCCUGGCAAAACUGAAAGGUUUUGACGUUUUCAACGCCUUGGAUCUGAUGGAGAAUAAGCUGUUUCUGGAGAAGCUGAAGUUCGGCAUAGGAGACGGAAACCUGCAGUAUUACCUCUACAAUUGGAAAUGUCCCCCUAUGGACACUGAUAAGGUUGGCCUCGUCCUUCAGUAGCAGCUGGCCUCACAGCUGCUCCUCAAGCGGGCGCCGGAUAACUUCGGCCUCCGGAUGCUCCUCACUCGGACCCCACGGGUCGCCCCCGAGCUUAACAGUGAAAACUACAAGUCAGCCAACCCCGUGACCAAAGGGGUGGCAUCAUUAAGAACCGUUGCCGUCCACCCGGGGUUGAAAACUCUUCAAUCAUCAUCCUGAAUGUGAAGUCAUGCUAUGCCUGAGAUAUCCUCGCAGUACAACGCCGUUGACACGCGCUCCCGCUCCCAGAACACAACGGUCGGACGUUCCAGGGGACGCCUUGACGUUGUGAAUUUUGUUUCCAUUUCUUCAUUCUCUACAGACAUUGUUACCAGGGGCUGGUAUGAAAUACAUUUUCAUGUACCUAUGUAAAUGACGACCGAGGCAUUUACCUUUUCUCCGUUCUGUUUAUCCUCUGCGGUCCGCAGUCGUGCCGCUGCUCCAUGUAUCGUUUUCCCUCUGUUUCCAUGUCACUGUGGUCAGUCGUGUGUCUCUGCUGGCUGUUCUAGGCCUACGUAGGAUUAGGAACUAAAAAGGUGUUUCUAACUCGUACUGAAACACGUUUUCUUCAGUAAUAAAAA